AUGUCCAGCAUCUAUGAAGGGUUCCUUGACAUGAUCUCCACGUUGUUCUCCUUGCUGCUCUCCGCAGGCAAUCCCGCCCUCGCGGCCCGUGACACCUUCUACCCUCCCCUCAACCACACCACCUACAUCACCAACGCCUCCGUCGGCACUUAUGGUGGCAUCUACAAUGCCCCAGCAGAUCAAGCCAGUACUCCAACCGCUCAGGAUGUCUACAAUUACUGUUCCAUGCCCCAUCCCCGUGUGGAGACAUACUCGCUUCCCCCUCCCGUGGCCAACCAGUCCGUCGCUGCCCGCCUAGUUUACCUCGAAUACGUGCAGCGACAUCAACGCCGCACCCCCUACAACAUUCUUCCGGGCGGCGAGAACCAAGCAUAUCACUGCAACAACCUCCAGGCUCAUCUCUACGUCUCCGCGGCCUCCCAGGGACCCGCUCCGAUCCCUGUGUAUGGCCAAACGUAUUCCGAUCCCUCCAACCCAUUCUUGGCAAACUACGUCAAUGGAUCGUGUCAGUAUCCUCAAUUGACGAUUGGGGGCUAUCUCGAUGGCUAUCAGCACGGUCGCGACCUCGGCGCUGUGUAUCGGGAUCAACUGCAGCUCAUCCCAUCAUCACCAGACGAGAACAAUGGCAAGAAGAUCUGGCUCCGAUCGAGUACCUCGGCCCUCACCCAAGGAUCCGCCGGUGGGGUCUUGCGAGGUGUCUGGCCCGAAUUCAACGCACCCCUGCCGCUACACCAGCAGGCGUCCGGGGUCGACACGGUCGACCAAGGAUACUCCUGUUCCGCUCGCAGCGAGGUGCUCUCCGCCAUUGAAUCCACGGCAGAGUGGAACGAGCAUCUGACAGUGACGCAGUCACUCCGCAAUCAUUUGGCUACCAUGUUUGACGCCGAUACCUCCAGCUGGAUGUCGAACUUUGACCAUUUUUCGGAUAAUUUCCAGGCCCGCCUCUGCAAUGGCUACGAGUUACCCUGCAGCCUGCAGAAUGAGACUCAAUGUGCUACUGUCGGCCAGGCAGAGGAAGUGUUCCGUGCGGGUGACUGGGAAUGGAACUACUGGUGGCGACACAACGCGAACGCUACUCGGUACAUCCAACUGGUCGAAGGUCUGUUCAUCGGAGAAAUUGUUCGCCAUCUAGAAGCGGUGCAGCAAGGGACAUCCGAAUUAGUGUAUAGCCACAGCUUCGUCCAUGAUGGAGAUAUCGGACCCAUUCUUGGCGCGCUGGGCAUUAAAGCAUUGCGCUGGCCGGGUAUGGGAUCGAACAUUGCAUUUGAAGUAUGGCAAACAUCAAACGAAGACUUCUACGCUCGCGUAUUGUACAGCGGACACGCGAUCGAGACAAUUUACGGCACAUUGGAUUGGAUACCUCUAUCGUCCUUGAUCAGCAUUCUUCAGCCGUAUAUUCCAGACGACAUCAUCUCGCUGUGUCAGUCUAGCUAA